AAGGUUUCCUUCCCUUGUCUUUUCUCUGUGUGAAAUCCCCUGCAAAAAUGGCCGAUAGAUUCUUAUCACUCACUUCCUCUGAUAGAGCUGUUGAACAGGCGAUUGUGGCUUUACGGAAAGGUGCAUAUAUUUUGAAGUACGGUAGAAGAGGGAAGCCGAAACUAUGCCCGUUUAGGAUAUCCACGGAUGAAAGAACUUUGAUGUGGUUUUCCGGCAAGGAAGAAAAACAACUGCAACUAAGCUCGGUUACCAACAUUAUUCGUGGCCACGGGGCUAGGAAACUUCAACCAGAAAGAGAAUGCCAUUCAUUUUCACUAAUAUAUAUCAAGAACCAAGCUCAUUGCUCCCUUGAUCUGAUAUGCAAAGAUAAGGUGCAGGCAGAUUCAUGGUUUUUAGGCCUGAAAGCUUUGAUAUCAAAGUGUCGAGAUUUCGGGCAGGCUGAAAACCGGAGAGGGAUUCAAAGUUGCGUAAACAGUCCCACGAGUUUUAUUCUAAGAAAAUACAAUUUGGGGCUCUCGAAAGAAACCACGAAAAUGUCUCAGGUGCGAAGUGUAUGUGGGAGCCCGAUUCCAUCGUUAUCGGAUCGGUGUUUCUCCGAUGGCCUCUCGCUUUCAUCUGAUAGUUUUUAUUCGCGAUCAAGUUUAUCGAGUGGGCAGAAUUUGACUGAUGGUUUAGUCACGAAUUCUCCUUGCGUCAAACCAGAAGAACCUAAAAAGAAACUGAAAACCCUUAGCCGGUUUGUUGCACCCUCCCUUGAGCCCAAAAAAACCAAAUUGACCGACGUUUUGAUAUGGGGAGAAGGUGUCCGAAAUGGACCGUUGGGCGGUGGUGUCAACGGCUACCGAAACGAAACACAGGUAGAUGCAUUGUUGCCGAAAGUUCUUGAUUCGGUUGGGAUGUUAGAUGUCGAAAAGAUUUCUUUGGCCGGAAAGCAUGCUGCUUUAGUGACUAAACAGGGUGAAGUUUUCUGCUGGGGUGACGGAAAAAUGGGAAGGCUCGGGGACGGCAUAUGUUUCCCGAAAGAAGUUGAGUCACUUGUCGGAGUUCGUGUGAAAUCGGUUUCUUGCAGCGAAUAUCAAACUUGUGCCGUAACUUCAUCCGACGAACUCUAUACAUGGGGUGACAAAGGCUCCGGUGAAAGUAUCCGGUGGCUGCCGCACCUGGUCUCCGGCGGUUUAAAUGGGAUCAGCGUAUCGAAGGUUGCUUGCGGAGAAUGGCACACCGCCAUUGUGUCUACUUCCGGUCAGCUAUUUACUUUCGGGGAUGGGACUUUUGGUGUUCUUGGUCAUGGAAAUUGUCAAAGUUUGACCGAACCGAAACAAGUCGAAUCUCUCAAAGGAAUGUUGGUGAAAUCGGUCGCCUGCGGGCCGUGGCACACGGCGGCGGUGGUCGGGACCACAACUGGUCCGUGUAAAUCAAGUUCUGCAGCCGGGAAAUUGUUCACAUGGGGCGAUGGGGAUAACGGAAGACUCGGUCACAGCGAUCAUGAGACGAAGCUCAAACCGACAUGCAUUGUUCGGCUUGUCGAUCACGAAUUCGUUCAAGUAUCUUGCGGAAGAAUGUUGACUGUCGGAUUAACGAGCACUGGUGUCGUUUACACGAUCGGAAGUUCUGUCCACGGACAAUUAGGAAACCCGCAAACCCGAAACCAGUCGGUAACACUCGUUCAAGGCAAACUAAAGUUCGAAUUCGUCAAAGAAAUAGCAUCAGGAUCGUAUCAUGUUGCCGUUUUGACAUCGAAAGGAAAUGUUUACACAUGGGGCAAAGGAGCGAAUGGGCAGUUAGGCCUUGGUGAUACCGAGGACCGAACCUCGCCGACUUUAGUCGAGUCCUUGAGACAUCGGCAAGUCUGGGCCAUCAGCUGCGGGUCGAGCUCAACGGCUGCAAUUUGUGCACACAGAUCAAUAACUUCCAGUUUCGAUAUAUCGGUUUGUCGAGGAUGCAAUAUCGAGUUCGGGUUUAUGAAGAAGAAACACAACUGUUACAACUGUGGCCUCUUGUUUUGCGGUAUUUGUAGCAGUAAGAAGACGAAAAACGCGUGUUUGGCACCAGACGAGACCAAAUCCUUUCGGGUUUGUGAUUCUUGCUUCAAAUGCGUUGAACGGAAUGGGUCAAAAACAGGUCAACUGUUGAAUAUCGAAGAUCUUACUCCACGACCAUUGAUGAUCAAAACAUUCUCGGAAGAAACUGAUGACCAAUCUACGGUAACUUCGAUAUGGAACAAAACAAGAGAUAGAAACCAGGUGGGUUCGGGUUCGGGUUCAGGUUUGGGUUCGGAUUUGGAUCUGGAUUUGGACUGGGGUUCAUCGUUAAUGAGUCGAGAGCCCAGGUGGGGCCAGGUGUCUUCUCCCGCAUCUUUCCGGAAGCAUUGUAAUGAAGAGAUCACACGGAACAAUCUGAACAUUGAUUCUCAUAUUUCUCCGACCGUUAAGCAUAAAAGAGCCAAGGACGUAAUUAAGGCAUUGACAUCACGGCUUCAUUUAAUGUCACCAAGAGCUUUUAUGCGAAAACAAGCAAAAUCUCCUGUCGUUGAGCCGACAAUGAGCGCUACACACUUGUCGGCUAGAUCAAAACGUGUGCCUUGUGAUGCCGAGGUCCGAGGUGUUAACGAUUCGUGCAAUUCCGCUCUUGUUUCGAGUAUGCACAACAAUAUAUCUACUCAGAGUGCGGAGAAGAGACCAUCAGAUGAAGCGGUCGCUAAAGAAGCGGUUUCUGAACAGAACAAAGUAAAGCAAAAGCACGAAUGGAUGGAAGAGUAUCAAACGGGCGUUUACAUCACGUUCAUUAUGUUGCCCACCGGUCAGAAAGGGAUAAAGCGAGUCCGAUUCAGUCGGAAAGUGUUUAGGGAAAAGGAAGCAGAGAGGUGGUGGGAAGAUAAUCAACAAAAAGUAUACGAUAAUUACAAUGUCGAUGGCUACAUAAACUCGUAUUAGGUUCGAGUCAAAGGUCAAGUCGUCGGGGUUAAAAAGAAGGUUGGAAAACAAGCAACGCGGGGGUGUUACGAGUGGCGGGUGAUACGCGAUCUUGUAUGAUUUUGUUGAUAUAGGAAACUAUUAAUGUGGCCAGCGCAACGCGUAUUAUCAUAGUUUUUCGUUGGCUCUAACGUUCUUGAUCCAUUUCGUUAUGGCAGUUACUAAAAAAGAGUCGUCUUAAUGCAAAAUAGUUUAUUUUA